UCCUUCCUUCCAUUACAUAUAAGCAGUGACUUUUGAUUGAUGAAUCUGUUCUCUUCUUCAUAAAAAGAACUGCUUCGGACAUUUUAAGGUGGAACUCGCAAUGGCUGGAGAGGGAUGCGCGUUUGAGCAAACUUUUUCUUUCACUCCUCUUCCGGCUAAGACCUUCUCUUUCCAACAAGAUAAAGACACCUUGAACCUUUUGAUGAAAUGGUGAUCGAAAAAGGUUUUUGUUUGAAUUUCUGUCGUUUCUCCGGGUGAGUUGUGUCUAACUGGCUUGUUGGUUUCUCUCAGGUCCAUGCUUAGGAGGAUCUCGGCUCAGGCUUACAGCUUUGACAGUAACUUUCACCCCUACAGCUGUGAAACGUUUGCCUUGUGUUUCUUUAAAGACCCUAAGGUGAUUCACAGUCUGAGAAAUAUGGAGGACAAACUCCGGGUGCCUCUUGAGAAGCCAGUUGUGUCUGUCAGCGUAGAUCUGGUGCCCUGUAAUAAGAUCUCCAUGGAGCUGUUUGAUCCAAUCUUCUCUUGCGGGAUCUUGAGGCCUUCUGGUGAUGUAGUUAAAUGCUUUCAUGAUGUCUACCCUGACUUCGAUGAACUUCGACAGAUGUUACAGGAAGAGGACUCUGAGCACUACUAUGUUGUUGGAAAGACGGAACGGAAAGAGUUUCUCUUUUGCCUCUUUAAGCACCUGUGUCUCGGCGGGGAGCUUUGUCAGUAUGAGGACAACAUUGAUCCCUACAUUAGCACCACUAAGAAGCUAUACAAAGACCUUAUAAGCGUUCAAAAGGAUACAGAUACAAGAAAGAUCAGUGCGGUGUCCACUGUGCUCAAAGUCAGUGCCUAUGAUGAGUCUGGCAUUUGUUUUCCUGGGACUCAAGAUGAGGAACAAACAUUUGCCUACCUGAUCGUGGAUCCGGUUAAACGAAAUGUGACUUUGUUUUACCACAUCUUCGGCGUGGGAAAGUUCACACUUUGAGUGCCGAAAAAAAGAAAGACGAGUCAAAAAUGUAGCUUAAAAAAAAUUAAAUUUUCUUUUGUCAAGUGAAGCUACAUCCAUAAAGGACUUUCUACCUUCCUUCUUAAAACAGGAAGAAUAGUCGACCAUGCAAUGCCUAGAAACCUUUAUAAGGUCCUUUUAGUUCCAUAGCCAGAAAUCUGAAAAAUGGCUCAAUAAGAGCCCAUGCUCAAUAUAAACAUUUUUAUUUAAAUUGAAUUGAGUUUAAUAACCUGCUGGUGAAUGUGUGUUUAAAUACCAAAAACAACUUCUGUUGGAAACAUCAAAUUAAUUUUUUCCCCAGAAGUAUGAAUUUAUUUGUGUCUACAAUCACCUGCAAACACAUUAACAUACCUUAAAGUGUAUUAAAUUGAAUAUGUCAUGUUAAAGCCUGUAAAAGAUUUGGAUGAGGUGAUCACAGCUGACUAGUUAAGUGUCUCAUAGUGUAAUGGAAAAAUCAGAGACCCAGAGCAACAAACAGUCCAAAGAGCUUUAUUGAAACAAAUAAAUUAAUAAGUUAGUUUUCUAAAAAAAUUUCUCAGCAGAAACACAUUUUUGUACCUCUUUUAAAAGAUCAUAUAGAUUAGAUUAGAAAACAAACCAUCAUUGCAUUUUAUUCAGCCAACUGCCCCUGUUUCUUGGACUAGGAAGACUUUGUGAUGAGUUUUCGUUUUUCUUAUUGCUUGUUCAGUUCGUGCUUUAUUCUAACAGCAGCUUCAAGACCUACAGUAGGAAAGCAGCUAAAAGAGUAAUGAGGUGGAAUGUCGAAUGGCAGCAAGUCAGUGAAAAGAUGGACGGAUGAUGCGACGUCAUAAAUAGAUAAGAGAACGUGCAGAUUGGUUCAUGCAUAGCAUUCAGUCAGUUGGACAAUCCCUAACUGUUUCUCCUAAUCGGGUCUCUAAACUAGUGCCCCCUAGUGGCCUCAGAGGUAGUUGUGUGGAAGCCAAUCUUAACUAAUGUGACAUGCUUAUUACAGCACACAUGCCUGCAGAGAUUUCUGUGUCGACAAAAAUGUCCAUGCCUCCAACCUCCACAUUGAAGGGUGUUAAAGAUACCCUAUUGAUGUCUAUGAAGGUAUGAUGAUAUGCUGACAAUACAGUAUUAUCAUCACAAUAUAUCUCAGAAAAAUAUACAUCAGUUGUAACAGAUUAAAUCUUCACAACAAUGAUUUUUUUUGUCAAGGGAUGGGCAAAAAAUAAAUA